AUGAGCCCAAGUCACGCAUCGGCUGACGUUGCCAGAAUGAUCAGACCUGAUCUCACCAUCCUGUCUUCUGGGCCACAUGCCUGGUGUGGUACAAGUCGGGACCUAGUGGGCUACACAGUCUUCCCUGGCUACCCUCCUGCCCUCGUGGCCGACAAGCAGACUGACCCAUGGAUUCUCGAUGCCACUGAUCACACUGCGGGAGAGACGCUACCAUGGAUGAGAGCCCCAUUAUGGCCCUCACCUUUGUCACCCAAUAGUCGUCAGGCCAGACGGAUGCUUGACGAUACGAUGAUGGCAUUGUCCCCGGCAGCUGUCCCCUCUGGGUCAUUCUCCAAUGAGCUCAAAGGCAAACGAGUCAGCACCUUGGAAACGGCCCCUACCUCCUACCACUGCCCGACAUCUCAAGAGGGUGUCUGGCCUGACUCUAACUCCGAGUAUGACUUUGACUCUGAAGAUCCUGAUUGGGAUCUUGGGAGUGAGUCUGACGAGAGUGGGCACCUCGGCAAAGGCGGUGAUGAUGGCGACAGUAUCCAGCAAGGUCUCAGCCACGUUGAAGGCGACACUCAGCAACCGCCCUCUGCCGCAUCAUCACCCCUCUCGGACCGUAUGGACAUCGUCGUGCCGAGUCAAAAUCUCACUUACACGCAGAAGCGUAGUAGCAAAUGCGGGCAAAAGCUUAAAACGCUCAAGGAUCGAGGUGUACUCCGCACGUCCAGCACGGUCGCUACACAUAUACCCCUGAAUCGCCUAGACGAAUACCUCAAGUUGACAAGAGACGCAGGUUCCGGCAGGUCGCCGUCAAAACACGCUGGUUAUGUGAUACAUGAGGUACCCAAGACGAGUCCGACCGACAAGAGGAGGUUCUCAUUCAUGAGUCCGGCAGCUGCGAGGGAUAGUGGCUUGGCCUUGAAGCCGCUCAUUGUGUGGGAUCACACAGCAACGUCACUCAGCACUGGAUCCCUCAGACCACCUCGUCCGAUAUCGCAGCGAACGGGACUACCCGUACCGUCCCAGGCAAAGAGGCACAACACCCAUCUCCGGAAGAAGGUGGCAGCUUAUUUUACGCUUGAUGCUCGCGGUUUGCGCUGCACCAGCACUGCAGCGACAAGCACCGGUCUUCGCAGCCUACAGCUCGAUUGGUUGACGGAUCUGAUCAAGCAAACGGACCGGGGAGUCGGCGACGGAACUGUUGGACAUCGACCUCUCGCCGGUAUGGUCUUACACAACACCGCUGCCAAAAAGAAACCUUUCGCGCCUACCUUGCUGAAUUGGAGGGAGAGGGUCGGGACUCAAGGUGGUGAUGAGAGCGUCUCUCUGGUAUCCCCGUGGAUGAACAAGUAUCGUUGA